AACAAAGAGUUUUGAAAACCAAAAACAAUUCUGAAAUACAUUUGUUUCAAUGGCGUCUACAAGGCAAUUCAAGGAAGAGAGAGCCGAGGCAGCAGCGAAACUUGCUGCUUCUGAUCUCAGCGAUGUUAACAGAGAAAGAAGAGAGUGUGAAGAAGGUGUUAAGACGACUGAGCAAACACAAUACUCACAACAACAAUACCACCAAGAGCAAGAUCAAAGGCCUGGCGUUAUUGGGUCUGUGAUGAAAGCAGUUCAUGACACAUACGAGCGUGCAAAGGAAGCUGUAGUUGGCAAGACCCAAGAGACUACGGAGUCCACAAAGGAAACAACAGAGCAAGCUGCAGAGAAUGCUAAAGAGGCUAAAGAUAGAGCUGCAGAGAAAGCAAGAGAGGCUAAAGAUACUACAGCUGAGAAAACUAAGGAGUACAAGGAUUAUACAACUGAGAAGACGAAAGAGACAACAGAGAAUGCUGCAGAAAAGGCUAGGGAAACAAAGGACUCUACCAAGGGGAAGGCGGAGGAGUACAAGGACUAUGCAGCAGAGAAAGCAAAGGAGGCGGCGGAGAAGGCAAGGGAGACUGAGGACUCUGCGGCGGAGAAGGCGAAGCAGGCUAAGGAUUCUGUGGUGGGAAAGGCAAGUGAGUAUACUGAUUACACGGCGCAGAAGGCGAAGGAGACCAAGGACUCUGCGGCGCAGAAGGCAAAGGAGACUAAGGACUCUGCGGCGGAGAAGGCAAAGCAAGCCAAGGACUCUGCGGUGGGAAAGGCAAGUGAGUAUAAGGAUUACGCGGCGGAGAAGGCGAAGGAGACGAAGGACACGACGGUUGGAAAGGCGAGUGAGAAUAAGGAUUAUGCGGCGGAGAAAGCUAUAGAGGGGAAGGAUACUACGUUGGGUAAGCUUGGAGAGAUUAAGGACUCUGCUGCCGAUGCUGCUAAAAGAGCUAUGGGUUUCUUGACUGGUAAGAAAGAGGAAGUCAAGGAGAACACUGACGAGACUAAAGAGGCAACCAAGGAGAAGUUGAGCGAAACAACAGGGGAAGCGAGACAGAAAAUGGAAGGGUUGAAGCUGAAGGGCCAGGAGUACAAGGACGAAGCUACCCGAAAUGAGCCUGAAGCUGAGAGGGCCGCUACUGCGUAUGUGGUGUUGGAUGAUGAUACCGGAGCAUUAAGGGAAGUAGGGACGGUUGAGGUGGAUGUUGAAGAGAUCCAACCAGGAUAUGUAGCUUCUAAACUGAAAGAGGCUGAUCAAAUUAGCGGUCAGACUUUUAACGAUGUGGGACAUUUGGAUGAUGAAGGCAAAGUACGUAUUGAGGUGGUGGAUCGCCAAGUCAAGAUGUGAUCAUGUACCCAUUCGGUUAUUUUGCAUGAUAAUGAUGCUGUUGGUGUUUUUCUUUUGUGUAUUUUGUUACUGUUUAUAUAUGUCCUAUCGUUUGUGUUCCUUUUCACUUUUCAGUUCGAGGUAUAUAUGAAUAUGACCUCGUUAUCUUUGUUGUUGGAAGUGAAUUUUGUUGCUCUAUAGGUUUGAUAAUAUAACUUGUGAUCUCAUCGAAUACAAAAUGCACUGGUUUCUGAUUCUAUAUAUUCAGGCCAGGUCCA